GGGGUGCCGGAGCCCGCGUCGGGUUUGGCGUAAACCCGCUCUCCUCCCAACUUCUAAGGCAGCGACUGAUGAGAAAUGGAAACCUGGCUCGAAGUCGUCCUUCCUGUUGUUGACAUCACCUGAAAACUUCGUCGGAGAUCUCCACGGGAGCUCUGCGAGCUCGGGGCUGCUCUGUGAGUAGGGGCCGGCUGCGGGUCCCGCUAUCGCAAACCUCGAUAAAGUGCAGCGUGCAGCGUGCAUCGUGCCCUGCCGUAAGAAGCAGUGUACCAUACUGUGGUAAAGGCACACUGGUGCUGUCAGCGCUGGAAAAGACCGAACUUGCCAUCUCCGUUAAACCUCACCAGAGGCUGCCCAGCAAGUCACAGCUGUAAGAUGUUCAUCAGAAAAAACUAAACAAUAGAUCCUUGAGAGUCCAGAAGAUGGCAUAGGAACAUCACUGCCUUCCAGGGAGCCGAGGUCCUUUCUCUCCUCCUCACAUGCUGCUUGGACUGCUCUGAAGCUUUUGUUUCUGGACCGAAGAAACCUGUGAGCUGCUUGCCCUGCAAACCUUUCUCUCCUAAUUCAUGAGCCAGCAGGAUGUGGUCGCUGUGCUUUCAGAACGGCUUCUCAUAGCUGCGUACAAAGGCCAAGUGGAUAAUGUGGUGCAGCUUAUCAACAAGGGUGCCAAGGUAGCAGUUACCAAGCAUGGCCGGACCCCCCUGCAUCUUGCUGCCCACAAGGGUCAUCUCCAUGUUGUCCAGAUCUUGUUGAAAGCAGGUUGUGACCUGGAUAUUCAGGAUGAUGGGGAUCAGACAGCAUUGCACCGGGCUGCUGUUGUAGGGAACACCGAUGUCAUAGCAUCUCUCAUUCAAGAAGGGUGUGCUUUGGAUAGACAAGACAAGGAUGGGAAUACUGCUCUUCAUGAAGCUUGUUGGCAUGGGUUCAGCCAAUCUGCCAAAGUACUCGUCAAGGCAGGAGCUAAUGUCCUUGCCAAGAACAAGGCAGGUAACACACCUCUGCACCUGGCCUGCCAGAACAGCCAUUCCCAGAGCACUCGUGUCUUACUUCUCGGAGGUUCUCGAGCAGAUCUCAAGAAUAACGCAGGAGAUACCUGUCUGCAUGUGGCUGCUCGUUACAAUCACUUGCCCAUCGUUAGGGUGCUGCUCAGUGCUUUCUGUUCUGUCCAUGAAAAGAACCAGGCAGGAGACACUGCUCUCCAUGUGGCUGCAGCCCUGAACCACAGGAAGGUGGUAAAGCUGUUGCUGGAGGCAGGGGCUGAUACAUCAGUUGUCAACAAUGCUGGUCAGACCCCACUAGAGGUGGCCAGACAGCACAACAACCCCGAGGUUGCACUCCUCCUCACUAAAGCUUCACAGGUCUCGCGCUUCAACCGUGGAAGAAGCCUGAGGAAGAAGAGGGAGAGGCUGAAGGAGGAAAGGCGAGCUCAGUCGGUACCACGGGACGAAGUGGUGCAGAGCAAGGGCAGUGUUUCAGCUGCGGACGACACACAGAGCAGCGACCAGCCAGUGCAGGGGAAGGCUGAGCUGAAAGAUGAGCCUCGAUCAACCUCCCCAGAUCCCAAGGGGAAGAAGAACAAAAAGAAAAAACCAAAAGAGAAGGUUUCUGCGCUCUCAGACCCCAUUUCCCCAGCUGACCAGCAGACACUCCCUCGGCCCCAGCAGAACUUGCCCAAACGCAGAAGCAGACAUCACUGCUCCUCUCCGCCUGCCCCCCACGAGGUGCGGGCCUACCAGCUGUACACGCUGUAUCGGGGGAAGGAUGGGAAGGUGAUGCAGGCACCGAUAAAUGGAUGUCGUUGUGAGCCCCUGAUAAAUAAACUGGAGAAUCAGCUGGAGGCAACUGUGGAGGAGAUAAAAGCUGAGUUUGGGACUGUACAAGAUAAGAUGAAUAUUAAGCUGGGCCAGAUGGAAAGCAAAACUCAACAUCAACUCCGUGUUUUAGACAAGCUUAUGGCUGAGCGGCUGUCUGCAGAGAGAACGGAGUGCCUUCAUCGCCUGCAGCAGCACACCGAGCUGGAAAAAACAGAGGGAGAAAAGCGGCAGAUUUCCUUGGUUGAUGAGCUGAAGACUUGGUGCAUGCUGAAGAUCCAGAAUCUGGAACUCAAGCUUUCUGGAGAUUCCAGGUCAUCAAGACCAAAAUCAACUCUGUCCACAUGCGAGUCUCUGACUGAGACACUGGACACUGAGAACAACCCCCACAGUGCCAAGGACUGCAGAGCCUCCCAGCCCCUGCUGCCAGCUGAGGGCUCCCACCAGCACACUUACAUGGCUCUCCCAAACAGUCUCUUGGAAGAUGGGGGAAGAAGCAGAGUCCCAGUGCCAGAGCAGAGCUUUGCACAGCAAUUCUGCAUUCAACAAGAUGGCACCUCAGGUGCAGAGCAACAGUUAAUUGUUGCUGGACCAGUACAAUCUUCAGUCCCUGCUCAAGAUGUCAGGCCAAAGGACAAAGCCGUUAGUGCCAGCACAUUCCAUAGGUUCCAGCAGGAGCUGCCCUCCUCUGAACUUUUGGGGUCCAAAUCAAGACAUGUUCGGGUUCAAGCUGCUUUGCAGCCCUUGAAUGAACCCGCAAAGACGGAACCACAGAGCUGCUACUUCCUCAACAAAGGAACUCAGACAAAGAAAUCCAGCAAAAGCGGGCAGUCGAGGCACAAAGCUCUGCACAAUGCAGGGGUUCCCCAGAGCCAGGAGCAGCAGCACUCCGCUCUGCCUGUAGGCCAGUCACCGGGCCCUGCGCUCAGGGACACCUCACAGGCACUGGAGAUCACGCAGUACUUCUUUGAGGCUGUUUCCACUCAGAUGGAGAAGUGGUAUGAACGGAAGAUUGAAGAAGCCAGGUGCCAAGCUAAUCAGAAAGCACAGCAGGACAAAGCUGCGCUUAAGGAACAUAUCAAAAGCUUGGAAGAGGAGCUCAGUAAAUUAAGGACUAAGAUGCAGAAAGAAAGCUAGCAUUCACCAAGCAGGCCAAGUCAAGCAGCAGGACUCGUUUUGGAACCUGCACAGGAAUCUGGAGUAUCAAUAUGUACUGAUACAUAUUUGUAGUGCCUGAUACAUCCAAGCAAAACGCUCUUUUUUGGGGGGGAAUAGAAGUAACUUU